AUGGACUCAGACUCCAAGCCCAAUGCAAUUGAAUUGCACGUGCCGACUUUGCUCGACACAAUAUUCAAAGACAAUGUUCAAGAGCUACUUCCCCCACACAGCAUUAAAGCUCCCGAAUACACAGAAAUACUUCUUCAGAAGACAACCAAAGCCAACAAGUAUUACGGAUCUUUCCAACGGUAUACACGGCAAUUCAUACCAGAUGAUUCAGCAGCAAACACGGCCAUUGUGCGAUGGACCAAUUCGUCUAUAGAGUCUACACAAAGACUCAUAAUAGAUUCGUGGAUAGGCUCAGAUUACAAAGGAAAUCAGGUCAGAACCGAAAAUCUGCCACAUCAGAAUGUUCAGACGAAAACUACUGCAAAUUCAUUAUUCUCAUGGUCCUCUGGUGAUGCUUACAUUGAACAGAGAAAGAAAGAACUUCAGUUAGCCAAGGGCAAGGAAAAGAGUAGAAAGGAGAACCAGAAAACACAUAGUCAUCAAAAAGAAGUUCUGCCCGAGGAGACAGCAUCUAAUAAUGUUACAGAAUCAGAAAGCAAGAGGGAAGCACAAGAGAAGAGACUCAAGAAGUUGAAUCUCACGGUUCCGAAAGAGUCUAUUACCAACAGACUUAAUCGUAUUAUAGAGAAAGAAUCCAAUACCUUCAUUCAUGCCCGUAUCCAGCGUAUUAAGACACAUCACACCGAGCAGAUCACAAAGCAGAUCCAUGAGAGAAAGAGAAAAGACCACGAAUUGUACUUGAAGAAGUUACGACUCAAGGAAGAAGAAUACGACAAAGCAUUAAAGGCAGCAACCACAGAAACACAGAAACAGGGAUUUUUCGGUAACUUGUUUGGAUUCAAUUCGACAACUACGAAUUCUCGUUCAGAAUUGGAUUUUCAACUCAAAGAUUCAUUUGAUAACGAAUCAGUUGCUAGCCAUACAUCAACUACAGCAUCUAAGACGAACAACAGUAAUAGCAAGAGAUUUUCGUUUCUUCCUGUAGGAGGGCUCUGGAGCUCUGGUUCUGGAGGGAAAGAGCUGAACAAGAAUGACUUGUCUGAAGUUUCUCCUAGUAAGAAAAGUGAAUCUUCUAAUGAUCAUAUACAUCCUGCCGAAGUUGUCCUUCGCGAGGAAAUCGAAUUACAAGAAGAAAAUGAAGUAGCAGAAAUAGAAGAGAAAGAAGAAGUACACGAAGGUGAAAAUGAAAAUGGGUAUGACUUUGAUGAUGAAGAAUUCGACGAUUUCACAUCGGCAGAACCAUUGCCUAAAACUUCAACUACCAUAACAGCAAUGGCUCCUUUAAAACCAUCUACUUUUCUGCCUCCUCCUAGUUCUACAACGAAUGAAUUCAAUCUCACUACUCAACACAACAUCAACGCGGACCUUUUGGACAUAUUUGGUCCUGAAAAGAAGAGUAACGAAGCUAACGAAAAUCUACUCAAUAUAUAA